UUCGCGUCUCUCUAGCUUACGGAAGUAUCGUGCGUUACGAAACGACGUUAGCCCUGUCCUUAGGAGAAACAGUGGUCUGAAACCGGUUUGGUACCUACCGUUUCGACGAAACUAAUAACGUUACCAUAAUUUAAGACCGAACGAUCCUACAAAUCGAUUUUACCGCCAGUUUUUAUUACGUGUUUCUAUCAGUUUCACAUUUGUCGCGUGUCGCAUCCAACGUAACGAGUUGGACGCAAGCAGAGUAGCUCAGUCCAGUAUCUUCCGUUAGAACGUACAAGUAACGCAACGAUUAAAGGCUAGAAGGAACGAAACAAUGAAGGAUUUGAUCUACUCGCGUUGAAAUAGAUGAUAAAGGAAAUGUGCGAGAUAGCCAAGGCCCAACGUAGAACGUUUCGCGAUCAGGACCCUCCGAGAAUACGUAACGCAAGUGACGGUAACUCGAAAAACGAGCUCGAGUUUUCCGAGUCGACACCGAAUUUGCCGACGAUUCAUCAACGCGCGUCGAGUUUCGAGAAAUGUUUCAGCGAGUCGAUGUUUCUUGAGAAGGACAGGGAGAAUUGGAAGAACCCGAGAGAAGAUUCGACGACACGAGAGAAUAUCUCCAAUUCCGUUCGGGACGAUAGCGUCGGAGCAUCCCAUACGGGCGAACAGUGUGACCUUCCAAGCAUCAACAACUUCUCAAAGACAAUCUCUGAUAAAGUGUGUUCGUCCGGGCGUCACGACGGCGAGGUGAUUGGUAACGGCUCCAAGAACGACACGGACAGCUGCGACGGUUUAACAAACGGGAGAGAUAUGGCGCCGGUGUUGGGUGUACCACCUCCGCCGCCACCUGCUCCUCACAUGGGACCGGACGGUUUGAUCGUGCCAAGAAAACCGUACAACCCUUACCUCACGUCCGGUAAUCAUAAGGACCUUCGCAGGGAGUUAUUGUUCAACCAGAAGAUAGGCAGGAACGUGCUGAAUCAAAAAAGCGAACUUCAGCGAGCGCUGGAGAAACAGAGGGAGGCUGCGUCCAGACGCGAAGCUGAAAAGAAUCGGGAAGAGAAUUACAAAGAUGAUCCCCGGACCGCGUUGCAAAGAGCCAUCGAGCAGAGAGCGAAGCACAUCGAAAUGGCGCUGGAACAGUCGCAGCCAACGACGGAGCCAUCCAGUAACCUUUUAGCGACGGCGAGAGCGAAACUGAGACCUCGUACAGAUUCCCAGUGAAUUCGCGAAACAAAAGUAACAAGAAACUCAGAAACAAAAUGUUGGUCGAUCGUGUAAUGUGAUAAGUACACCAUCGUGUGGGAGAGCGACGCGAUCGAUUCGUUGCGUCGCGUCGCCUCGCGUCGCGACGCGACUGGGAUGUUUCAUCGCGUUCUGUAACUCGACCGAUGUAAAUACAUAUAUGUAAUCUGAUAAGAGACGGUUAGACGGCAAACGAGGAUUAUGUGAUUCGCCGAUGGAAAGAACAAUUCUGGGAAUGCGAAAAGGAGAGGUCGUGUCCGGUGUCGAUAGAUUUAUUCGCCUGGAGACUAUUCAAUCCGUGGUACGCGUCUCUCUCGUAAAAGUAGAAACGUUGCCUUACUCUGUCAAAGUUCCGAGGCGAUUCAUUUUCUUUCUAAGCGACGUCGAGUCCGAUUAGACAGUCAGUCUACCCUAGCGUUAGAAUCCUUUCCUUCCGCGAAUUGCGGGAGAACAACGUGCACGAGAAACUUUUUCUAUUCGAGCGCAUACUCGAGCGAGGCCUUACGACGCUAAUUCUCGGAAUUCCCUACGAAAACAUAGUCGGGGAAGCGACGCCGACGGUUUUCCUACGGGCGAUAUUCCUCGACCUUGUGCCUACGCGAGUGCGCGAUACGGCACCGUUUCUCUCCUCGUCUCUUCCCCCCCCUGAGACCCAACAAAGAAUAACACGUCAAUGUUUACGACGAACAGGCCUUAACGGACCGCCUUGAUGCGAAUAUAUUAUUGGCGACCGAGAAUACCUCUCGAGGUUACGAAGGAAUGCUUCUCGGUUGUUAACGAUAGUUUUUGACCAUUUGUCAAGCCGAUUCGAUAUUUUGUUAUGUGCUCGAGCCUUCGAGGCAGUUCUCGUAUAGAGUCGAAUACCGUUAGCGUAAUUAAAGUAACAGAACUCUCGUGAAUAGUAUAGGAAAAGUGUAUAAAUUAAGACAUAAAAAAAAAAAAAGAUAUUGCGAAACGUAAGCUCGUCGAAUGCUAGCUUAUCAUCGUGCCUGAAUUUGUAUGGAGACCAGACCUGAAUUUAAAGUACAGACUACCUUGUCGCAGUAGGGAUAAUCGUUGAACCGACACCCCGGGACCAUACAGUUGUAGUACUUUACGGUAGCGAACGCGAAAGAUUUUUCCAACUCUAGAAUACCAAACAAAUAUUCUUUCGCUACAUCGUUCGACUAUCCCACCCUCUUUGGCGCGCAAGUAUGAACACUGUUCCACGCGUUGCAUAAAGAAGAAUUCAAAUUUAAAGAAAGCGAUGGGAAUCAUCCUGGAAUUCAGUCCAAGACUACCAUAAAGAGAAAAGUUGCAAAGCAUAGUUGAAUUCAUUGUACGAAUGAACAUGAGCAAAUCGAUAAAAAAGUGGGAGCAGUGCUUGACAUGAUUCGCGGGAAGAGGAGUGGCCGUGAACGACGAAAAUCUUUUGCCUUUAGCAGAGAAAUUAAAAGUUUUAUACGUUAACGUAGCAGCAUUUAUUAGACUACAGUGUUCAUAGUUUGGAAAAGAAAUGAAACAUAUAUUGUUGCGUUAUACUAUUUCGAUUGACAGCGCUCUGAAAUGUAGGAACGUGAUCGUUGAUUGGAACCUAGAGAUUCUUCUAUCGAUAAUAGCGCGUCAAAGUGUAUUCAAUUUUAUUACUUCCAAACCGUAAUUAAAGCAUGCUUAUUAUUCUAACGUAAAAUUUAACAGAGUUAAAAAUGAAACGAUAAAGUAUAUAGCCGAUUAACGAGUUGAGAUGUUUAACUUGAAUUUUACCACCACCGCGUUAUGUGCACCAAAUUCUGUCCUAUGACAGAUGCAAACCAAUCAUGUUUAGGACCACCGUCGCAUUGGUAUAAUUAAAGUAUCAAAUAUAUUUUAUUCAAUAUUGA